CCCGGAGCGGUGGCUCUGGGGCAAGGUUCACCUGGUUGCUUUCGGAAAGGGGGAGGAAAUGGCCGCACAGGGCUGAGGAACGGGACUGCGACGAGGUUCGCGCUACGAGGGAAGGUAAGCGCCGCAAGGAGAAGAGGAAGAAGCGAGAGGGCAAAGGCGGCGUUAUCAUGCGGCGCAGCGUUGCCAAGCGAGGGGUCUAGGCGUGCUUCAAAGGACUCCUCGAAGGCUGAGGGCGGAGCGUGAGCAGCAGCAGCAGCAGCCUCCCGUCUACUCCGGCGGGUAGGCGAGCGCGCAACGAAGUGAGUCUGUGUGGCUCUCCAGCGUCACAGCCCGGGCGAUGGCCCCGCGAGGCUGGCAGUGCCUGAUUUGCAGCUGCCUCUUCUGGACAGUACAUGGAAUGUUUCCAGAACCUCAAAAUGUGAGAAUUCAUUCAGUUAUGCUUGAUAGUGUUCUCCAGUGGGAUCCACCCAAUUUUCACAAAGAAAAUGUGACGUAUACAGUUCAGUAUAAAAAAUUUCAUCAUCAGUAUAUUGACCUAUGCCAAAGAAUUUAUAUCACAGAGUGCAAUAUUUCAAGUAUACCUAUGUUUGGACUUUCCACUAUAAGAGUUAGAGCUGAGUUUGAGAAUAAGACAUCAAACUGGGUAGACAUCACCUUCACAUCAUUAAAAGACACAAACAUUGGACCACCUGCUGUACAAGUUGAAGCCCACAAACCCGGGGUCUUGAGUGUGCAACUCACAGAUCCCUUUUUUAUACGUGAUGAUGGCAAGCUUUCCUUACACGAUUUGUAUGGUACGGUGAUUUACAGGCUGCUAAUCUGGAAGAAAGACUGUGGUGGUGAGCAGGUUAGAAAUGAGAAUAUGACACACACUUUCCAAAUAAUAUCUGGCCUGGAUCCUGGGACAGCAUAUUGCCUUAAAGCUCAAGCAUAUAUUGAAGGAUUGCAGAAAACUGGGGAGUGGAGUGAAGAUUAUUAUAUCAGAACCGCCGACUCAACUGACACUGGUAUAAAUCCAGUGCAACUGACUGUUAUCCUGCUAUCAGUGUUGAUAUUGGUUUCUUUUUGCUGCUUUAUUAUUUAUCGCGUUUAUCGACAGACCAAAUUUGUCUUCUUUCCUUCAUAUUCUUUGCCACAGCAUUUCAAAGAGUUUUUAAGCAAGCCAUCUUACAGCUCACAGUUUCUUCCAUCCCUAUCACAAGAAGAUGAUGCCUAUGACAGGAUAAUGGUUAUUCCAGAGGAGCCAAAAGAUGGUCAUAAUGAAUCUGGGGAGCAGCUGAGCAACACAAAGAUGCAACUCCAAAAAUUUCAAGAAGAAACCUUGAUGCCAAAAGACAUUUCAAACUGUACACUUUUGGAACAGCCCUAAAACUGGAAAGAAUAAUGUGCUGCACUAUUAGGCACUUUCUGACACUUAUAGAGCAGCUAUUUACACUUUGAACAUUACAGAUUUCAAAGUUGGUAACUGUAUGAACAGUUUUAAAAAUACAUAUAUUUAUUCUACUAUA